AUGUCGUCGUCCGGGACGAUGCCACUGGCGUACCAGACGUCCGCGGCGUCGCCCGACUGGCUGAACAAGGGCGACAACGCGUGGCAGCUGACGGCAGCGACACUGGUGGGGCUGCAGAGCUUCCCUGGCCUGGUGGUGCUCUACGGCGGCGUAGUGAAGAAGAAGUGGGCCGUGAACUCCGCCUUCAUGGCACUCUACGCGUUCGCCGCCGUGUGGAUCUGCUGGGUGACCUGGGCCUACAACAUGUCGUUCGGCGACAAGCUGCUGCCGCUGUGGGGCAAGGCUCGCCCGGCGCUGAACCAGGGUUACCUCGUGGGGCAGGCCGACCUCCCCGCCACGGUGCACUACCUCGCCGACGGGAGAACCAUCGAGACCCCCGCCGCGGAGCCGCUGUACCCGAUGGCGACGGUGGUGUACUUCCAGUGCGUGUUCGCGGCCAUCACGCUGAUUCUCGUGGCCGGGUCGCUGCUGGGACGGAUGAGCUUCGCGGCGUGGAUGCUGUUCGUGCCGCUCUGGCUCACCUUCUCCUACACCGUCGGCGCCUUCUCCGUGUGGGGCGGCGGCUUCCUCUUCCAGUGGGGCGUCAUCGACUACUGCGGCGGCUACGUCAUCCACCUCUCCGCCGGGUUCGCCGGCUUCACGGCGGCCUACUGGGUGGGUCCCCGGGCGCGGAAGGACAGGGAGCGGUUCCCGCCCAACAACAUCCUGUUCACGCUCACCGGCGCCGGGCUGCUGUGGAUGGGGUGGGCCGGGUUCAACGGCGGCGGGCCGUACGCCGCCAACGUGGUGGCGUCCAUGUCGGUGCUCAACACCAACAUCUGCACCGCCGUGAGCCUCGUCGUCUGGACCUGCCUCGACGUCGUCUUCUUCAAGAAGCCCUCCGUCGUGGGCGCCGUCCAGGGCAUGAUCACCGGACUCGUCUGCAUCACGCCCGCCGCAGGGGUGGUGCAGGGUUGGGCAGCCAUGGUGAUGGGCGUGCUGGCCGGCAGCGUCCCCUGGUACACGAUGAUGAUCCUGCACAAGCGGUCUCGGCUGCUGAAGCACGUGGACGACACGCUGGGCGUCAUCCACACGCACGGCGUGGCGGGGCUCCUGGGCGGCAUCCUCACGGGGCUCCUCGCCGACCCCACCCUGUGCGCGCUCUUCCUGCCCGUCACCAACUCCCGGGGCGCCUUCUACGGCGGCACCGCCGGCGGCGCGCAGCUCGGGAAGCAGCUGGCGGGCGCGCUCUUCAUCAUCGGAUGGAACGUGGCCGUCACCUCCAUCAUCUGCGUCGCCAUCAACGCCGUCGUCCCGCUGCGCAUGACCGAGGAUAAGCUCGAGGUCGGCGACGACGCCGUCCACGGCGAGGAGGCGUACGCGCUCUGGGGCGACGGCGAGCUCUACGACGUCACCGAGCACGUCCCGCGCGGCGCCGCCGCCGUCGCGCCCGUGUCCACGACCCCGAAUUGA